AUGGCCUGCGGUGGAGCUAUGGUAAUGAGUGCCUUUUUCUGGUCUGUGGCCAUAGUAUAUUUGACCCAUAUAGGCAGAGUCAAUGGGGACUGCUGGCUCAUCGAAGGCGAGAAGGGUUUUGUGUGGCUGGCCAUCUGCAGCCAAAACCAGCCUCCAUACGAGGCCAUCCCCACGCAUAUCAACAGCACCAUUGUGGACCUUCGGCUCAAUGAAAACAAGAUCAAAAGUGUCCAUUUCUCUGCCCUCAGCCGCUUCGCCAACCUGACCUACCUAAACCUGACCAAGAAUGAGAUCAACUACAUAGAUGACGGGGCCUUUUCUGCCCAGUUCAACUUACAGGUCCUUCAGUUAGGCUUCAACAAACUCCGUAACCUUACUGAGGGCAUCCUCAGGGGUUUGGGCAAGCUGCAGUACCUCUACCUCCAGGCCAACCUGAUUGAGACUGUGACACCCAAUGCCUUUUUGGAGUGCUAUAGCCUGGAAAACAUCGACCUCUCCAUGAACCGUAUCCAGCAGCUAGAUGGGACCACGUUUACCAGCCUGACUAAACUGACUACAUGUGAGCUGUACACCAACCCUUUCAACUGUUCCUGUGAACUACUUGGCUUUGUGAAGUGGCUCUCUGCAUUCCCCAACAGGACAAAUGAACGGAUGGUCUGUGACUCCCCAUCAGGUGUCUCUGGCUACAGUCUGCUCAGCCAGAACCCUAACAACCCGACUUUUCGGAAUGCCCUCCAUAUGCUCUCCACUGUGUGUACAGACGACUAUGUGACGCCGUACAUACCUGUGCCUCCUGAGACCACCACACUCCCACCAGACUACACUCCCUGUGGGCUGGAGGACUGUCCCUCCGGAACUGAGCCAGAUGAGAGUAUGAGUAUCAACCCAACGGUGAUUCAUGUGGAUGUAAAACCCAGUAUGAAGCUCAAGCAAGUCUCUAAAACAAGCGCCACCAUCACUGUUCAGAUCCCCCAUCCCUUCAAGAAGAUGUACAGCCUGGUUCUCUACAAUAACAGUUUUUUCACCGAUAUUCAAAACCUCAAAAUUCAGAAUGAGGACAUUGAACUUAAAAACCUGAAACCCCAUACUGAAUACACGUACUGUGUCGCUUCUAUAAAGAAUAAUCUUAGAUUCAAUCAUACUUGUCUGGCAGUCUCCACAGGACCCUGGAAUGGGAAAGAGACAUCACAAAACCAUGCAACAGCUACCCACUACAUUAUGACCAUCCUAGGUUGUCUCUUUAGUAUGGUGAUUUUCCUAGGGGUGGUCUACUAUUGCUUGCGUAAAAAACGUCAGCAAGAUGAAAAGCACAAAAAGGCAGGCAGCCUAAAGAAAAGUAUAAUUGAACUAAAAUAUGGACAAGAGCUCGAAGGGGGAACCAUUUCCAGGAUGUCACAGAAGCAAAUGAUGGCUGGGGAGAGUAUGUCCCGCAUGCCAUACCUACCAUCUGGUAGUGAAAUGGAGCAGUACAAACUGCAGGAGAUAAGAGAUGACACUCCUAAAAUGGCCAAGGGAAGUUACAUAGAGGUGCGAGGAACCGGGGACCACCAUGAACGCAGAGAGUGUGAGAUGUCCAUGCCUGGGAUGUCCAUGCCUGGGAACAGCCAAGGGUCAGUGGCUGAGAUUUCAACCAUUGCAAAAGAGGUGGAUAAGGUCAAUCAGAUCAUUAACAACUGUAUUGAUGCUCUGAAAUCAGAAUCCACAUCUUUUCAAGGGGUGAAAUCAGGAGCUGUGUCUACCCAGGAACCCCAGCUGGUCCUAAUAUCAGAACAGCCGCAGAGCAAGUCUGGCUUCCUGUCCCCGGUGUAUAAGGACAGCUACCACCACUCGUUACAGAGGCACCACACCUCGGAUGUCCCGCCAAAGCGGCCCAGCACUGCCACUGGAGGUCCAAUGCGGAGCCCAAGGCCUUACCGCUCAGAGUCCAAGUACAUAGAGAAGACCUCGCCAACGGGUGAGACCAUCCUCACUGUAACGCCAGCCGCUGCCAUCCUUAGGGCAGAGGCGGAGAAGAUCAGGCAGUACAAUGAUCACCGGCACUCCUAUCCCGACAGCCACCAGCUGCAGAUCGAGGAGCUGGAAGGGCCCGGAAGCCACAAGCCCUCCAUCCUGGAGCCCCUAACUCGGCCCCGCCCCAGAGACAUGGCGUACUCUCCACUCUCACCUCAGUACCAUAACCUCAGCUACUCCUCCAGUCCUGAGUACUACUGCAAACCACAUCACACUAUCUGGGAGCGCUUCAAACUCCGUGGCAAACGGCACAAAGACGAGGACGAGUACAUGGCUGCAGGGCAUGCGCUACGUAAAAAAGUGCAGUUUGCCAAGGAUGAGGACCUGCAUGACAUUUUAGACUACUGGAAAGGUGUAUCUGCUCAACAGAAAUCUUAA